GCAGGGGGCAGUAACGACGCCGUGGUAGCAGCUUUACACCGAGUCCAAAGGAGCGGAGGUCCCGGUAAAAGCAGCUGUGCUGCGGUGCUGCUCGGUUCGGUUCUUCGGCAGAAUUCAGCCUGAUGGAGAACGACUUGCUUCUGUCUCUGGAGGACUUGGGGUACCAGGGUCCACUGCUGGAUGAAGGAACCCUGGAUAGAGCUGUCUGCGGGGGGGCCGCUUCCCCAGAGUUCACCAAGGUCUGUGCCUGGAUCGUGUCGGAGCUCCGACUUUACUGCAGGUUGGAGGAGAACGUCCACGCCACCAACUGUCCUACCGAGGCAGACAGCUUCCAGCUGGAGAUGAGCGGUCUUCUGUCCGAGCUGGCCUGUCCCUACCCCGCCCUCACCGCUGUAGACGUCACGCAGAGGUUCCUCAGCAGGAGCCACUGUCUGCUGUUGCUAACUUUCCUGGUGUCAGAGCUGGAGGCCUCCAGGAUGAUCCUGGUGAACAAGCCUCAGAAGAAGGCCCAGGAGGCUGGCAGCCCCGUCUUCCAGGAGCUGAAGGGGAUCUGCGUGGCCCUGAGCAUGUCCAAACCUCCAGCCAACAUCACCAUGUUCCAGUUUUUCACCGGCAUUGAGAAGAAGCUGAAGGAAGCCCUGAGUCGGGUGCCGGCCGGUCACGUGGGGGAGCCGCUGCUGAAGAGACCGCUUGGACCUGUGCACUUGGAAAAGAUUGAGGCCAUAAACCAGACGCUGGUGAACGAGUACGAGGUGCGGAGGAAGACGCUGCUGAAGCGUCUGGACGUGACGGUGCAGUCCUUCGGCUGGUCCGACAAAGCAAAGGUGCGGGCGGAGAAGCUGGGGCAGGUGUACCAGCCGCUGCGCUCGGUACUCGCCGUCAGGAGCAGCGUCUCCGUUGCUCAUCUUCUGGCUGCGCGGCAGGACUUCUCCAAGAUCCUGAGAACGAGCAGUGGGAAGAUCCGGGAGAAGACGGCCUGUGCGAUCAACAAGGUUCUGAUGGGACGAGUGCCAGACAGGGGGGGCAGACCCUGUGAGAUUGAGCCCCCGCCCCCAGAGAUGCCCUCCUGGCAGAAGCGUCAAGAUGCACCCCAGGGCGGAGGACACUAUGGGAGUGGGCACGGAGGCAGCAGAGGGGGCUAUGAAAGAGCAGGAGGGGGCCAUGAAGACAGGGUUGGCAGAGGAGGAGGAGGUAGAGGGGGCAGAGUGCAGGGCAGCUGGGGGGAGGGAAGUGGAGGGGGAAGGGGCGGGUAUCAUGAUGCGGGGGGAAGAGGAAGCUACGGAGCUGGGGGGGGUGGACAGGGGGCCUUCCAGGAUCCUGGUUACCACGGAAGAGGAGGCAGUUACCAUGACAACUAUCACCAGGAUGGAAGCUGGCAACAGGAACGUGGUGGGGGCCGUGGAGGGCGAGGGGGACGUGGAAGAGGAGGCAGAGGAGGCCAAAGUGGUGGUUGGGGGGGCAGAGGAGGCUCCGGUUUCAGUCAAGGGGGUCAAUUUGAACAGUUUUUUCAGCAUGGGGGGCAACAGUUUAACCAGGCCGGUUUCAAUCAGGGCAAACACUACAACAGCUGAGGGGGACAAAGAGAGCCCCCAUCCUCUCACCUUGACUGAUGACGCUGUGAAGGAUAGGUGAAGGGGGUGGGGGUGGGGGGUGUAAAUUCUCUGCCUGCUAAAGCACCUCCUUCUGGGAGGGUUCUUGUUCAUUGUUGGACCCAAAAGCAGGAGCGGUUCUGAGAGUGACCUCUGCACCCCCACAAAGUUUGAGGUCUACGCUUUUUGUUUGGAGACGGGGGGGUUGGAGGGGGCUGCUGUUUGCCCUCCUCAGAUGAGUCUGGAUUAUUUUCUGUUAAAGAUGGAAGCGCCUGGGAAUGUGGUGCACGGGGGGGGGGGUCGCACGGACAAGCAAACAAUUAAAAAGUGUUGCUGUCUGA